CUCCUCAAACACUUGUUCUUGAAUCCCCAAACCCCUCCUCGUCUUCACUCCCUUCUUCCGCGUCGCAAUCAUUCGUGGGGGCGCAUUACUCCUGCCGCCCCUCAAUCCCGAAUUUCUGCGGCGUCCACUCUCCCGUCUCCCCACUAGGAUUCCGCAAGAUUGAUCGCGUUCGCCGCCUCCCAAUUUCAGUAUCUUUUUCAUCAGGGUCGGCGUCGCCCCGAUUUGUUGCCGUCGUCCUCGUCGCCGCCUCGCCCACCACUCCACUUCUUGGAGGACUCGGUCCUGUCCUGUCCUGUCCUGUCCUGUCCUGACUCCGCUCCACCUGUCCUCCUCGCUUCCAUCGCCAUUGCCGCCCUCCUUGCUCUGCUCCCUCCAAGCCACCUGCUUUUUUGGACCGCACCGGUCUGCCGGGGCGGCGUAAAUGCCCGCCCCUCCGUGCAGAGGAUCCCAGAGCCUUCCUUCUCCGCCCCAAAUCCCGUCCUUGUUAACACCAGGCCAAGGUUCUUGGACGCGUGCUGACACCCACAGAUGAGGAGAGCGUCCUGACUCCACUUGCCCAGCUCCGGCGGCUGCUCUGCUCCGCCACCCACUGACAUGGGCUUCUUGAUCUGCUGCGCCCGCCUCCUCCAGCUUCUGCUGCUGCUGCUCCUCACCACCGCUACCCCACCAGUGGCGGCGCAGCCGCAGCCUUCAUCGCCCGCCAGGGCCCUCGACGCGGCGCUACAGGACUACGCGUUCCGUGCGUUGUCGGCGCGCCCGCGCACCGGCAUUGUCUACAACGCCACGGUGCCGGGCAACCUCACGGGCAUCGCGGCGUCCGCGCUGCGCCUGCGGAGCGGCAGCCUCCGCCGGAGGGGCUUCCCCGGCUACUUCCAGUUCGCGCUCCCGCCGGGCAUCGUCGUGCAGCCGCACGUCGAGCGGGUGGUGCUCGUGUACCACGACCUCGGCAACUGGUCCGACCGCUACUACCCGCCCCCCGCCGGGUACGCCUACCUCGCGCCGGUCCUGGGGCUUCUCGUCUACGACGCGGCCAACCUGUCGGCCGUGGGGGUGGGGCUGCCGGAGCUCAGCAUCGUCGCGUCGGGGGUGCCGAUUUCUGUGGCGUUCGAUGGUGUCCGGGCGGUGCCGGCAGGCGGCGCGGUGGCGAGGUGUGUUGUGUUCGAUUUGGAUGGCGUGCCGCAGUUCCGGGACCUGGAGGGAACCAAUGUGUGCACGACGUAUCGGCAAGGACACAUCUCGAUUGUGGUGAAUUCUAGUGAGAUUGCUCCAGCUCCAGCUCCUGCUGGCGUGAUUGCUCCGCCGAUACCGACUGAGGGAGGUGGUAAGAAGGGGAGCUCAGACGCGUGGAAGAUUGCUGUCGGCGUUGUUGGGGGUGCCACAGCAUUGGGGCUGUUGGCUGCGCUUCUGCUUUGCUUGGUGAGGUACAAAAGGGAUAAGAAGCUUCAGCUCAUGGAACGGAAUGCGGAGGUUGGGGAGACAUUGAGGAUGGCACAGGUUGGGCGGACGCAGGCGCCUGUGGCAUUGGGGACGCGGACACAACCGGUGAUUGAGAACGAUUAUGCUGCAUAGUAGAUUUUUCAAUUUGCUUGAUACUUCUGCUAACAAGAAGACUUGAUAGUGCUGGCUAGAGACAGGAUUGUCCAUUGGUUGCUUGAUGUCGGUAAAUUUUCUAUAUCAGCGAGGGCAAUGCUAGCCACUAAUUUCAGAGCCCAGGUUCUGCUCAGUGAGGGUUCAGCACAUUCUUUCGGUGGUGUUCAGGAGCUUAAGUUUUGUACUGCAGCGAAUGGGAGGCUAUUGUUCAUGUUCAUAGUUGCCAUGUUCAUAUGUGGGGAGUCCCUUUCAUCUCCAAGCAAGCAAUGGAGGGGAAAUGUUUGCCAUAUCGGAUUUGGAAUCCCCUGUUAAUAUUUUUUCUUGGGUUUCUGUAUUCAAGAGGAAAUGGGUUUAGCAAUAAAGCUGAGGUAACAUCCAUUGCACAUCAUGUUAUGCUGUGCUGGAGAAAUUCAUUCAUCCGGUUGCAAUUUCAUUUCUUUUCUUUUUCUUCUCCAUUUGAUGAUUAGAUGACUGCGAAGAUGAUGUAGUGAUAUAAAUGUUCACUUGUCUAGUGCUGUGGUAAUUAGUCUUAUUGUGAUGAUCGUUGAUUUCAUGGACAAUUCUGUUUACAUCCGCUGUGUAUGUUUUCAGACAGCAUUCAUUUCUUUAUUAGUGUUUGGGAAACAACUUAAUUUCUAAUAAUAUGUUUUUAUGGCCUGACAGUACUGUCAGUUCUAGAUUUUGUUAAUGCUUACUUUCAUCAGGUUCCCUUUUUAGCACUUGAAAGCCUGAAAUGUAGGAAUGAAGGUAUGACCAGUUGGCAAAAUAAAUAGAAUUAAACAGACGAAUUCAAGAAAUUCUCUGGUAGAAACUUUCCAAACUUUCUGAUUUUCUUUUCUCUGGUAGUCUUCUGGCUUGAUUUUUUUUCUCUGUUAGUGGAGACCUAGACGAUCAGCUAAGAAAAGAUGUAAUGUAAGCAUGGGUAGUGUACAAAUAAAUGUGAGCUAAACAGAAGGGUUGAAGAUUGCUCCAUUUGAAAAGUUCCAAAAGCUUAUCUUUUUUUGCUGGUAGUAUGUUCUUCAAUCAUCAAGUUGGUUGGAAAUGUUGUAAGCUUCAUGUAGAGCUGUCAGUGAGGAGCUAGACGAUUAACAAAGAAAAGUAGAUGCAUUCAUCUUUUCGUUGAGUCAAUUAGCACUUGUUACACAAUUCUCCUUACUUAUCACUGUUACUGUCAUAGAAAUAUGAAAGAUGAACCUAUGGAGAUCCCCUCUCUUUGUUUUGCUUUGUACACUCAUGUUGUAGCAUGUAACAUCUGUUUCUCAGAAAGUAGUCUAGAUUUCAGUUGUUUCCUCGAAAAGAUUGCAUAACUGAGGGCAUGAACAGAUCAGUGUGUGAGCUGGCCAAGAGCUUUAGGCCGGCUCACUUUGUGAGCAUGCAGUGUUCUUUUAGGGGUUGCACUUUGUUGCUGCAUGUUCAGUUUUCAUGUUGGGGAUGAUGAGGAGCAUGAAAGAAGUGAGAUAUGAUUUUGUACUUGGUAGUAUAUGAAUUGAGAUGUGAUUGCCACUUGAAAAGUUGAAAUUUGGUGCACAUGCAUCAUCUCUCAAAAGUCCAGUCCCUUUAUUCAGGGCAACAUGGUAUGGUGCUGAAACGAGAAGCAACCUUGAGUAGUAUCAGUAGUGGAUAACUAGCAACACUUGCUGUUUUCACAAGCAUAUGUAUGUACUCCAUCUAGCAGUAAGCUAAAUUAGCUAGACCUGCACACACACGUGAGUGACAAGUACCUUGUUGCAUCCUGCAAGGAGUAAUAAGGUGAGGCCAGCCAAGGAUGGCAGACAGAAUGGAUUUGUAUUUGUAGUGUUCCCUAGCUGGACUGCUGGAGCUUGUUGUAGGUGUAUUUUGUUGGUGGAAGAGAAAAGAAACUGAAGCAAGGUGACCCCAGAAUUCUUGCUGCUUGUGGAGGUGGCAAAACCAGCAAGGAGGAUCUAUGAGACCAUGACGACGAAGACGGAGAAGCUGGUACAGGUAGUGUGUGUGAGCUGAGGAGGUUUUUGUUGCCACUUUGAGCAGGCUCAUCAGGCACAGCUUUUUGGAGGGAGUUGUAGCUGGCUGGUGGCGUGUGGCGUGUCGCCUCAGCUUUGGCGCCGUAGCGGAAUCUUUGUUGUCACUAUGCACGGAUUCACAGCUCAUGCGCGCUGGCCUGGUCGCCGCAUUGGCAUCUGCUGGGAACUGGAAUGCUUGUUUUGUAAUGGGAAGGAUGCAGCUGUAGUUUGUACUGGAGUGUUAAAUUAACUGACUGUUGUUGGAGUACCCUA